AUGGAACAGAGACAUGGACAGGAGGAAAAGACAAGAAACGGAGACACAGAAUGGACAGGAAUGGAGGAGGACAGGAGGGUGGAGGAACGGAGGACAGGAACAGGAAGGAAUGGAGGAACUGGAGUGGAAGGACGGAGAAGGAAAAAGGAGGGAAGGAGAGGAAAGAGAAGAGGAAUGGAAGGAGGAGAGAAGGAGAAAGUGGAAAGAGGAGGAGGAACGAGAGACAAGGACAGAGGAGGACAGUGGAGCAUAUGGAGGGAGGAGGAAGGACAGUGGACACAGACAGAGGAGCAGUGGAAACAGUGGAAGGAAAUGGAGGAGCAGUGGACAGAGGAAGGAAAAGGGAACAGAGUGGAAGGAAGAGAAAGGAGGAGAGGAGGAUGGAGAAAGGAGCAGGUGGAAGGAUGGAGAGUGGCAGUGGAGGGUGGAGGAAAGGAAUGGAGGAGUGGAGGAAGGAGGAUGGAGGAAGAGUGGAGGAGGAAUGGAAAUGGGACAGAAAGGAGUGGACAGGAGAGGAGUGGGAAUGGAAUGGAACCACAAAGAAAGGAGGGGAGUAAGAACAGAGUGGAAGGAGCAUGGAGGAGUGGAAGGAAGAAGGAGAGGAGUGGACUGACUAAAGGAGAGGAGUGGAGGACAGACUUGAAGGGGGAGUGGAGGACAACAGACUUGAGUGGAUGGAGUGGAGGAGUGGAGGAAGGAAUGGACAAUGGAAUGGACAUGGAGGAGGUGAACUGGAGAGUGGAGGUGGAGGACAGCAGAGUGGAAGGAGUGGAGGAGUGGAGGACAAGAGUGGAGGGAGUGGAGUGGACACAGUGGAUGGAUGGAGUGGAGAAAGAGAGGGAGUGGAGCACAAAGAGGAGGAGGGAGUACAGUGAGUGGGUGGAAUGGAAUGGAGAGUGA